UUUACUGGAUUAACAUUUAGUUUGUUUCACCACAGUAGGGGAAGUAAUUCCCAUAUUUUUGAAGCUUUUGGACAUCUUCUGUGAAAAUUGAUCAAAUAUGAAGAUGCCACAUUCUGUCGCCUCCCUCCACACAGAAAUCUCCAAAACCUUCUCCUUGGACGUCUUUUCUACCAGUGUACACCCCACAGACCCCUUUACAGCGGACAGCUUCAACACCAGCAUCGGCAACGUUAGUGGGAUUGGAAUCCUUCGCUGCACCUAUAAGGAAGACUUUAAACGUAUUUUACUCCCUGCCGUGUACACGCUUGUUUUCCUGCUCGCCCUCCCUCUCAACGCUGCUGUCAUACUGAAGAUAUGGAGGACGAGGCCCAAUCUGUCCAAGAACAACAUCUACAUGCUCAACCUGGCCAUAGCCGACUUUCUAUACGUGAUGUCACUUCCUCUGCUCAUCUACAAUUACGGCAGCCGUGACUACUGGCCCUUUGGGGAGCUUGCCUGUAAACUGGUCAGGUUUCAGUUCUACAGUAAUUUACAUGGCAGCAUCCUCUUCCUCACCUGCAUCAGCGUGCAGCGCUACGUGGGCAUUUGCUAUCCUCUCGCGAUGUGGCCCAAGCGUUGCAGUCGCAGGAUGACAUGGUGCAUCUGCGGAGGGGUUUGGCUGGUGGUCGCCAUCCUGUGUGCACCUACGUUUCACUUUGCUGCGACGGGAAUCCAGCGCAACCGCACAGUGUGUUACGACUUAAGCACGCCAAAGCUCUCAGUGGCCUACUAUCCUUACGGCAUGGCUCUGACCUGCUUCGGCUUCUUGUUGCCUUUUAUUGGCGUGAUUGCGUGCUACUGCAGGAUGGCCCUCAUCCUCUGCCGCCCAGUGUCCUACCAGGGUGUCUCCAUGGCGAGUGCGGAGAUGCGGGACAAGGCGGUGAAGAUGAUCAUUGUGGUGGCGGUGGUUUUCUGCAUAAGCUUCCUGCCGUUUCACCUCACCAAGACCAUGUACCUGGUGAUACGCACCCUGCCCGGUGCGCCUUGCGAGACCAGGAACUUGUUCUCAAUCAUCUAUAAGAGCACCAGGCCGUUCGCCAGCAUGAACAGCUUUCUGGACCCAAUUCUGUUUUACUUCACACAGCCACGAUACCGGCAGAGCACCCGGAGGUUUGUGCUCAAAGUCACCACACUCAAAGGUACGAGUGUGUGAGCGAACAAAGUCAAACUCUGCAGUAAACAGUGAUCUAUCCUAGGAUUCUGCAAAAACUUUAUUUUUCACUGUAACAAGGAAGUGCCACUUCCUCAGAGGAUCGAACAGCGAUAAACAAACACUGAGAAAAGCAGGAGGAUGAAAUGAAUCGUAUGCUUCUCCUAUGUAAAUAAAUAAAGUUUUGGGCCACUUAAAUGGGAAAAUGUGAUUUUGAGAAUUGUAGCAGGGAGAUUCUGUGCUCACUAGAAUUUAUGUCCAUCUGGAUCCAUAACCUUGAACCAAUCUCAUUGUUUCUUUAGAAAAACACAACCUCUCUGUCACAGAUGUCAGAGUCAAUGCAGUCGACCACGACCAAACAUUUCCACAAAUUAUGCAAUUUCCCUCCAGUCUGUGCGGUUCUUUCUUCAGAAUAGACACAAUUUGUCUUUUCAUGGUCCAGAUACUGAUGAUAAUGCAAUAUUACAACUUUUCUUUCUUGUAAUAUUACAACUUAAUUAAUGAAAUCAGGGUAAGGGAAAUCUGUCUCCCCUUUAAGUGGCCCUAAUACCCCGUCAUUGUACAUCAUCCUUACACAGCUCACUUUAAAUUUUUGAUUCUUCAGUUUUGCUUCUCACUGUGAAGUGUAUAGUGAAGAUACACACUUUCCUCUCCCCCAGGUCGCCACAGGUUAUAUGGGACUUAUUUUCACACAUGUGAUGUGGAGGUGAAGACGUACAGUAUGUAGUGAAGGAGAGAACAACUAAUAGAAUUUUGGGAUAAAAUCCACGGUGUCACUGACCCAUGUAAAAUGCUCAGAGUGACUGUAAAUGUUUCUGACUGCAUGUUGGACAUAAGGUACUUGUGUAUGGACAUUAAGUCUGAGGAGAAACUUGCCUCAUGUUUAAAAAUGAAAUAUAUCGAAUGAGUAUUUUACAUUUAGCAUUUUUGUAUGAAGGUUCCACUGUUCCUUUCUUUUAUUAAUGACACGUUUCAACAUUAUCCAAGCUUUGGAUAUUGCAUAUUUUCACCCCUAGAUGUUGUGUGCACUUCACUUCUGCACACAACAUCAUCACUGCACUGAAGAGUAAGAUUGUGUGUUAUUUACAUAUAAUCCAGUAGAGACGGUGUGUUAUUUACAGCAGUUUGAGGCAAACUAAUGUCAUAAAAACUAUUUUGUAAAUAUAUCCAACUCAUGACACAAAAAAUAGUCAGUGCAUUUGCUUUUCUUCAUCCAUUUAUUCUUGAGUUAACAGAGGAAAUCCUUUUUAAAUGUGUGCCAACAGAGGUGUUUGUACACAAAUACAUUAAGAAAAUCCUCAUAUAAUGUUUAGAGGGAUCAAACAUUUGAUUUAUGCUCAAGAGCAGCAUUUAAAUGGAGGUACGGGCUGCUGUUUUCCACUUCCUGUCAGCAUGUGAAUCCAAUAUUAGGAUUUCUGUUCCAAGACAUCACCUCUGUGGAUGGACAUCAGGUCUUGAUGAUAGAGUAGAGAAUGAUAAUAAAAUAGACCUCUAGUGUGCAUGUGGUAUGUGUAGUACUUAUACUGAUGUCAUCUGUUUCUAUAAUCAGAUACAUUACAGUCCAAAUCUGUUUACACGAUGGAAGAAAUUUUUACUUUAAACUUCCCCCAUUUGUUUCUUAUGUUCUAAGUAACUGAGUUACUGAGUUUAUGAUUUGAUCUGUAGUUCAUGAAAUGAACAUAAAUGUAAUGUCAAAGAAUGUUUACUCUAUUUGCAUUUUGAGGUAGCUUCAUGUAAAUGUAACUAAUUUUAAUUGUCAUUAUUUUGCACUAGCGCUUCGUUUUCUACUUAGAUUUUGAAGCUGAAAAGAAAACAAUGGGAUUUAUUUUUGUCUUUGUAUUUAAUGGAAUUUUUUCUAAUGCUUCCCUUGAUCGCUGAAUCCUUUGUCUCUGGACUGUUGUUAAAACCCAGACAAGCACGUUUUCACUUCUCUGGUAAGGAUUUCUAUUUUCUUUGUGCAGAUUCCCCAUUAUUCUAGUAAUAGAAGUCUUAUUGCCAGAAAGAUCAAACCUUAAAUUAAUUUAAUCUAAGUUUGCAGCUUAUGUAUAUGUAGUAUUUAGCUAGUACAUUUACUAUCAAAAUUAGUUAAAUCAGUUUAUAAAAUCCACCUUAGGUGGGUGGUUAAUUGCUGAAUGUGUUCAUAUAAGUAAUUCAGUGUUUCUUUAUAAGUUACAUCUGGCUCUUCCAACCACAAGAUCAUGUCAUGUGGAUGUCUCUGAUUUUACAAUUUGAAUUUAAAAUUAAACUUAAAUUACCAGAAUAAUACUUAAAAUAAAAAUUAAUUAGUUACCACCUCAACAGUUCAAGUUAUCAAAUAAGAUUUAAUCUUCAGGAGUUGUACAUGUGUACGUAGGAAACUAGACUUGUGUUUGAGUUUUGCACCCAUGCUUGAUGAAGUGUUGCGUAUGUUGGUUUAAUGUAAUGUGAAUAUGUAAUUUCAGAUGCGGUGGACUUUUUGACCACAGAUGAGGUUGUGUGUGAUGUGUGUUUAUCUGUACAGUGUAAAUAUUUGUUAAUGCGCUGAUGGACUGCACCAUUAUGUUUUUCUCUAUAGGGUAAAAUAUUUGUGAAAUGCAUCGUAUGUGUGUCAGUUUAGAUGUACCCAGAUGUCUGUGUAUUGUGUCAACAUAUUUGUGUCAGUCAGUAUUAUUUAGAAAUGUCUCAUUUUUGUAAAAUACUAAAACACAGGGAUAGAUUUUUAUUUUUGUUAAAUAGAGAUGAUUAUGUUGAUGAUAAACUAACAUUUAUGUUUUUUUGUUGCGUUGCUGAAACAUUUUGUCUGUAUUGUCAAAAUGUAAAAUUAAUG